AUGCGCCUGAACAUCAAGAAGACUGAGUACCUUGAAUGUGGCCCCCAGACCAACAGUACCAUCACUAUCGACGGCGAGCCGCUGACUAAAGUUGCCCAAUUCAAGUACCUCGGGUCCCUUGUCGCCUCGGACUGCCAAACUCUACCAGACGCCAGACUCCGUGUCAACACAGCAUGGAGGAAGUGGCAUCAGGUGAGUGGAGUCUUAUUUGACAAGAGAAUGCCAAUCUAUCUUAAGGCGAAAGUCUAUAAGUCGAUUGUGCGCCCAGUGGCACUCUACGGGUCAGAGUGCUGGCCAGCGACGACCAAACACGAACAAGCUCUUCACAUCAUGGAGAUGAAGAUGCUGAGGUGGCCUCUGGGUCUCACACGACUUGACCGAGCGAGGAACGACGAUGUCAGGAAACAAUGGGGAGUGACACCAAUCACAGACAAGAUGCGAGAGGCAAGGCUCCGAUGGUACGGCCAUGUUGUCCGUAGCGAUAAAAAUUCCAUCGCAAAGACAGCCCAGCAAUUAGAUCUGGAUGGAAACAGGCCACAAGGAAGACCAAAAAAGCGCUGGAUGGACCGAAUCAAGGAUGAUAUGAAGGCGGUGAAUGUUACACCAGAAGACGCCCUUGAUAGGAAGAAGUGGAGGAAGGCAUGCAAGAUAGCGGACCCUGCGUCGCGGGAUAUAAACCGCUAG